AUGACCGUUUUCAAUAUUGCCGUUGUCAUUAUCAUCCGAGGACUUUUAGAUACAGAGGAUGAGUUCGACAAUCCUAUUAUUCAAGGCGAAAUGCGAGAAGAGUUGACUGCGUUUCUGGGAAUUUUCACUAUGACAUUCUUUUUCUGCUGCUGUGGUUGCUUCUGCUGUGGAUGUGCUUGUUGCAGAUGGUGUUUCUUCCAGUUCCCCUAUGGAGUUGCCAAACUUUGGCAAGAAGCGGCGCCAAACGAGGAUCAUGUGGCCAACGCCAGAGGUAUUUUAUCGAAGAAGAUGAAUGAGAAGCAGUCGGAUCGUUGUGCUUAUGAGAAUACCGGUUAUCAGGAUAUCAUUGAGAUGGAGCGUGUUCCUCAACCACCUCGCCUUAUCCUUCCUCCAGCGGCUUCUGGACGUCUCCGUUCACAGAGUAUCGAUGUUUCUGCUAUUGUCUAA